CUGUGAGGAGGGCCGGAGCCACCACACGGCAGCAGCUCCCUCCGCAGCAGGACCCGCAGGGUAAGCCUCUGGAGGUGAACCUGACCCCACCCGGCCCCCACCUGGCGCCAGGCAGUGACUUCCCAGGGUGACUCCUAAGGCGGAAGAUGGCUGCCCAAGUGCAGGUGCAGACGGGGCCGCUGCUGCUGGGUCUGCUCCUCCUGGUUCAAGGUGCCGCUGCCGGGGGCUCCCGGGAGGACUUGCGCUUCUGCGGCCAGCGGAACCAGACGCAGAGGAGCAGCCUCCGCUAUGAGCAGUGGACACAGCUGCGCAUCUCCAUCGAGAACUCGGAGGACGCCCUCACAGUCCACGCCCCCUUCCCUGGAGUCCCCGGGGCUUCCCACCCCUUCCCGGACCCCAGGGGCCUCUACCAUUUCUGCCUCUCCUGGAACCGCCACGCUGGGAAACUGCGCCUGCUCUACGGCAAGAACGACUUCUUGCUGAGUGACCGAGCCUCUGGCCUCCUGUGCUUCCAGGGCCGGGAGGAGAUCCUGGUCCAGGGCCCCCACAUGCUCGCCACCUCUGUCAGCUCCUGGUGGAGCCCCCAGAACACCAGCCUGCCCAGUGCUGUCGGCUUCACCUUCUCCUUCCACGAUCCUCCCCAGACGGCCUCCCACAAUGCCUCGGUGGACAUGUGCGAGCUGAAACGGGACCUCCAGCGGCUCAGCCAGCUUCUGAAGGCUCCCGGAAAGAUCCCAAGGAGGCCCUCGGCCACGCCCACCCACUCCAGCCAGCAGCUGCAGAGCCUGGAGUCGAAGCUGACCUCCCUGAGGUUCACAGGGGACACGGUGUCCUUCGAGGAGGAGCGGGUCAACGCCACAGUGUGGAAGCUCCAGCCCACAGCCGGCCUGCGGGACCUGCACAUCCGCUCCGGGCAGGAGGAGGGUCCGGGGGACGUCCGGGAGUACUCGGUGCUGCUGCCCCGCGCGCUCUUCCAGAAGACCAGAGGCCGGAGCGGGGAGGCUGCCCGGAGACUCCUCCUGGUGGACUUCAGCAGCCAAGCCCUGUUCCAGGACAAGAAUUCUAGCCAGGUCCUGGGUGAGAAGGUCUUGGGUAUUGUUGUGCCGAACACCAAGGUCGCCAACCUCUCGGAGCCCGUGGUGCUCACCUUCCAGCACCAGCCGCAGCCGAAGAACGUGACUCUACAAUGUGUAUUCUGGGUUGAAGGCUCGGCACUGACUGGCCCAGGGAGCUGGAGCAGCGCCGGGUGCAAGACCAUCAGCAGAGAGAUGCACACGUCCUGCCUCUGCGACCACCUGACCUACUUCGCAGUUCUGAUGGUGGCCUCCGUGGAGGUGGACGCCGUGCACAAGCACUACCUGACCCUCCUGUCCUAUGUGGGCUGUGUCAUCUCCGCCCUGGCCUGCGUCCUCACCAUCGCCGCCUACCUCUUCUCCAGGAGGAAGUCUCGGGAUUACACCAUCAAGGUGCACAUGAACUUGCUGAUGGCUGUCUUCCUGCUGGAUGUGAGCUUCCUGCUCAGCGAGCCGGUGGCCCUGACAGGCUCCGAGGCUGGCUGCCGUGCCAGCGCCAUCUUCCUACACUUCUCCCUGCUCGCCUGCCUCUCCUGGAUGGGCCUGGAGGGCUACAACCUCUACCGACUGGUGGUGGAGGUCUUCGGCACCUACGUCCCUGGCUACCUGCUCAAGCUGAGCGCCGUGGGCUGGGGCUUCCCCGCCUUCCUGGUGACCUUGGUGGCACUGGUGGACAUUAACAACUACGGCUCCAUCAUCCUGUCUGUGCAAAGGACCUCAGAGAGUGUCAUCUACCCUUCCAUGUGCUGGAUCCGGGACUCCCUGGUCAGCCACAUCACCAACCUGGGCCUCUUCAGCCUGGUGCUUCUGUUCAACACGGCCAUGCUGGCCACGAUGGUGGUACAGAUCCUGCGGCUGCAUCCGCACACCCAGAAGUGGCCCCACGUGCUGACGCUGCUGGGCCUCAGCCUGGUCCUCGGCCUGCCCUGGGCCUUGGUCUUCUUCUCCUUUGCUUCCGGCACCUUCCAGCUUGUUGUCCUCUAUUUCUUCAGCAUCAUGACCUCCUUCCAAGGCUUCCUCAUCUUCCUCUGGUACUGGUCCAUGCGGCUGCAGGCGCAGGGCGGGCCCUCGCCUCUGAAGAGCAGCUCCGACAGCACCAGGCUCCCCAUCACCUCGGGCAGCACCUCGUCCAGCUGCAUCUAGGUCGCCCGCCCGCCCCCCGGUGUGAGGGAGCAGCGAUGCGGCUCGCACCACUGCCUGCGCCCCUGCCGCCGGGCCCGGGACCUCAGAGGGCUGGAGCUGUCGCACGGCGGCCGGACUCCCUGGCUGGGCCUUCUGAAUUGGCCCUCGGACCACCGGGCUCUUGGCUCACUCUCACGGGGCUCAGGAGUGGGACCAUCCUCCUGGCCGCCUCGCCUGGGCUGAAGGCCAGGCUGAGCUCGCCCGCCCUGGCUCAGCCCUCGUGGCUGCGGUCGGGAACCGCAGGCCCAGAGUCAGGCUGUGGACCUUGGAGGCCUGGCAGAGCCUUUGGCCCGGCCUCUGCCCAGGACGGACGUGGGCCGUGGCUAUCCUGUUUCUGGUGACUGCCAGGCGGGCACUUUGCAGCCCCUGUCAUUUUAACCCAAGGCUGGCACCAGGUGAAAGGGAUUGGGCCGAGCUUCAGACCCGGGAGGAGGAGACUCCUGCCCUGCCGCUGAGCUCAGGGCUCUGUGCUCUGUCAGCUUUCCAA